AUGGCGACUGGAUCCUUCCGUGCAUGUUGGAUAGAAAAAGUAGGGGCCAGCCUACAGAUGGAACUGAAACAGGUGCCCUUCGACGAACUGUCGGCAGGCGAGGAAUACAUUCGUGUGAAAGUCGACUACUCCGGGGUGAACUACAAAGAUGGCAUGGCGAUCUGCGGUAUAUAUGGUGUCGUGGAAAAGUUGCCGUUGAUUACCGGUAUUGACUUCGUGGGCACUGUAGAUGAAACGAAGGGAGGGUUCAAAAAAGGCGACCGAGUCAUCAUGACGGGGUACGAGAUGGGUCAGAAAUUUCAUGGUGGUCAUGCCGAGUACGCCUCCGUGAAGGCCGAGUGGCUGGUGCCACUGCCUGAGACUUUAGCACCGAUUGAUGCAAUGACCAUUGGCACUGCUGGCUUCACGGCGGCUUUGUGCAUCAAGGCUCUGGAGGACAGUGGCUUCGACAAGACGAAACCCAUCCUCGUCACCGGCGCAGACGGCGGAGUUGGCAGCGUGGCCGUAUACCUCCUGGCUCAGAAAGGUUGUAAAGUGGCCGCUUGCACCCGCUGGAAAGAUACAGAAGCACGGCUGCGGAAGCUGGGUGCCACGGAGAUCGUGCCUGCUCUGAGCACGGACAGCAAGGCUUUGGAUGAGCAGAAAUGGGGCGGGGCCAUCGAUGUUGUCGGCGGUCCGACGAUACCGACUAUAUGUUCUCAGAUGGCUUAUGGCUGUACAUUGGCCACUUGCGGAGUGGCUGGCGGACCUGCCAUAAAGACGACCGUCUACCCUUUCAUCAUACGAGGUGUAAAAUUGUACGGCGUGGACUCCGUCUUCGCCUCCACCGAGGAUCGCAAGCUCGUGUGGUCCGACCUGGCCAAAGUCCCACCAGAGGUCUGGCGGGACAUGCGCAAAGAGGUGGCCAUGGACGAUCUCCAAGAGGUGGCCACGCAGAUCCUGGCUGGCAAGAUCCGUGGUCGUGUGGUGGUGAACAUGGGGCUGAAGGGCCCUCAGCUGGCGAAAGCAAAAGCCGAAGAGGAAGAUCUGGAAGCCCUGAAGCAGCAAUGCAUCGCAUUGCGCAAGUCCCUCACAGCCAGCUCAAAGGUUGUCAGUGCGGAGCAGGCAAUGAGCACCAUCGUGGACGGCGACUGCGUAACCCUCGCCGGGUUCGUUGCCACCAUGCCCUGCGAUGCGCUUAGCGCCGCGCUUCGAAAGCGUUUCGACAAGACGAAGCAUCCUCGAGACCUCGAGAUGGUGUUCUCCAUUAUCGUGGGCGACCGUGAAGGAAAGGGGACGGACCAGCUGACACCCCUCGUUCGCAAGGCAACAUUUGGAUGGACGGAUGUCUGCCCAGCCUUCACCAAUGCUGUGCUGUCGGGGAAAAUCCAGGGCUACAAUCUGCCCAUGGGCCAAAUCUCACACAUGAUCCGGUCCUCUGCCAACCGUGUGCCAGGUCACCUGAGCAAGGUCGGGCUUCACACCUUUGCCGACCCCCGGAACGGAGGCGGCAAGCGUAACAAGCAGACGACAGAGGAUUUGGUGAAGAUCGUGGAAAUGGGUUCCGAGGAGUAUAUCUUCUACCCCGCGCCCACGAUCACUGUGGCUUUGCUUCGAGGCUCCAUUGCAGAUGAGGCUGGCAAUGUGUCCUUCGAAAGAGAGCCCUUGUUUCUGGACUCGCUGAACCAGGCCAUGGCCGCAAAGAAUAACGGUGGCCUCGUCGUGGUCCAGGUGCAGCAGGUCGUGCCGCACGGAUCGCUGGAUGCGCGGCGCGUUCACAUCCCCGGCAUGCUGGUGGACAUGGUUGUGGUCGCAGGUGGCGAGCAUGCCGCGGUCACCUAUGCACCUGCAGAUGAGACCUACGAUGCCACCCUCUCGGGAGAACUCAAGCCGAGAGCCGCCGCCAUCGAGGAGCUUCCCUGGGAAGGACCCCGCAAUGCCUGUCAAAAGCGCGUGAUGGCCCACCGGGCAAUGUUCGAGGUGAAGUGCGAGAGAGCCGUGCUGAACUUCGGCGUAGGCUCCCCGGAGUUCGUCGCAGCGAUGAUCGAAACACACGGCCAGCAGAACCCCCAUCUCAAGGGUUACAUGCCCACAGUGGAGUCUGGAGUUUGGGGAGGUCAGGCCCAGGGCGGAAUGCGUUUCGGCACGAGCGUGGGCUUUGAAGCGAUCAUGCCCACCUCGUCGAUGAUGGACUUCUACGUAGGUGGCGGCAUCGACGUUGCCUUCCUGGGUGUCGGAGAGGUGGAUGAACAGGGCAACGUGAACGUGUCCAACUUCGCUGGUCGAGUGCCAGGUGUUGGUGGCUUUGCUGAUAUCGCUGCCAACGCCAAGACGCUGGUCUUCACCACGACUCUGACUUGUGGGAACUUGGUCACGAAAGUUGAAGAUGGAAAGCUCAUUAUCGUACAGGAGGGCUCCAUCAUGAAGUUCAAGCCGACGAUCGAUGAGAUCACCUUUCCAUCUGCCUCCCAGGGAUCUCGGCGCAUUAUUUUCGUCACGGAGCGCUGCGUGAUGGAAUUGAGGCAACAGCGUCUUGUUUUGACAGAGCUCGCAUCCGGCAUAAGUCUGGACAACGUACUGAGCAACAUGGGCUUCCGACCUGAGAUUGCAGAGUGCCUGGGUACUUAUGACCCGCGCAUUUUCGAACGAUAG